AUGCCUGUACUGGGGCAGGUCAUCGUCUACUUCCGGUCCUUCCCGAACGACGAAUGGCAUAUCAAGACGCUCGUGCUGAGUGCAUUCCUUGUGGACACCGCCGCCGCGUUGGGAAACUACGCCGCGGUCUAUCUCUACACCGUUACCCACGCAGGCGACUUGCUUUAUCUGAGUACGCAGAAUUGGACAUUUCCGCUCCUCAUAUUCUCCACUGGCCUCGUCGCCGCCCAGGUGCAGACCUUUCUCGUCGUGCGGUACUACCGCUUUUCAAAAAACAUUGUCAUCACCCUAUUUUUCUUCCUCACGAUACUCGCCGCGAUCGGCGCCUGUUUCGCCACUGGUAUCACCGUUGCGCGCUUCCCCUCAUAUGUGGACCGCAGCAAAGCUCGCACGUUCGCCACAGCGUGGAUUGUUGCACAGGCGGUGACGGACGUCUUCAUUGCCGCUGCCCUCCUGUGGCAGUUCCGCCAGAUUAAAAGCAACUUCAAAGAAACACAAAGCCUGCUCAAUCGCCUAGCACUGCAGACGAUCCAAACAGGCACCGCGAGCGCGGCGGUAGCCCUCGCGGCGCUCAUCGCUUAUUUGUGCAACAACGAAAGCAACGUCCCACUCGGCAUCGCGUACUGUCUUGGCCGCGUGUAUGUCCUCACGAUGUUGAGCAACCUCAAUGUGCGCAGGCUGCUGUCGACGGCAAGCGGCAGUCGGAGCUCGGGCACCGGGGCUGGCCCGGGCGGCGAGCGCGACGACGUCAGCGGCAUACAUGUCCACCGCAGCGCAGUUGUCAAGAUCGACCGCGAGCGCGACGGCGCGGGCCAUUCGAUGCACACACUGCGCAGCACCUCGGACCAGACGCUCCGUAAAGUGCCUAUCGAGGGCGACGGUGACAGCGGCGGGGCCCCUGAUGCCAAGGCGCCGGCGAAGGAUGCCUGGUUUGCGCGUUGA